UUGUUAUGUGCAAAAUAAGUUAUUUUCACUUCCUAUCAACUAAGUAAAAUUUUUUGAGUCCCAGCAAGCUAGUUGUGCUCGACUUACCAAUUAAGACACUCGUGACAUUUCGAGGUUCAAACAUCCGAUUGUUAUUUUUUGAAAAGUUCAGACACUGUUGUCCCUUGUCCUUUUGAAACUUAUUUUCCUUCAGAAGUUAUUACAUUUCGGCAAUUUUACUUUACCAACCCAAUCAUUUGGCUCCACUUCACCCCUUCCACCAAUGCUCUGUUCAGUCUCCGCCGGCACCAAGUCCGGUUCAAACUGGCUGGACCGCCUCCGCUCCACCAAAGGCUUCCCGGCUACAGAAAAUCUCGACCUUGACAACUUCCUUUCCAAUUCUUCACUUCUCAAUCCUUCCAUUUCCGAGUCCACACUGUCUCAUAACAAACGAGUGACCUCCGAUCAGACGCAAUUUCCUGACACUUCAAGCGAGAACGGAGAAAAAGAAUGGUUUGGUCUAGUCACCAAUGUUUUAUGCGACCUCUUCAACAUGGGUGAUUCCCAAGAUAAGAAUUCAAGACUUUCUGGGACAAAGAGCUCCAGGAAACAAACAAACCCUAAGUUUUUUGACAUUGAAUCUGUUAGAAAAGAGGAAUGUGUACAGGUAGCAACACCGGCAUCGUUUCGUUCUGAUAAUAAUUCGAACGUUGUUGGGAUGAAUGCUGAUUGUUUUUCGAAUGAUGACGACAACAACGUGGACGAGGAGAAAGAGAAAUGCAGCAGUGAUAAAGAGUUGAAAGGGUACUCGAAGAGUGAAGUGACGGUUAUAGAUACGAGUUUUGAAAUGUGGAAGUUUGAUAAGUUGGUGUUUAGAAGGAAAAAUAUAUGGAAAGUUAGGGAUAAGAAAGGGAAGUCAUGGAGUUUUUCUUCCAAGAAGAGGAAAGGCAAUCAGUUGGAAUCUGCGAUUGGAAAUGGAAAUGUUGGUUGUAAGAAAAAAGCAAAGAUGUCUUCUGACUCUCAGUUUGCCUCAUCCAAGGAAUCCAAUGGAGGGGACUUUGCACUGCCAUCUAAUGACGAUCAUGAACUACAGAAUAAGAAAAGAGAAGUUUGUAAAGAUACAUUUGAUAAUCAUUUCCAAGUUUCCGGAAAGAGGAUUCAUUUUUCCAGAUCAUCCAGGAAAUCAAAGAAGAAUGGCUCAUCUGUUAUUCUUAUCAAAGCUGUACCUACAAGCAAGAAAUGUGGGAGAAAUCUUCCCAAAAACUGUCUCAAGGACACUCAAAGGCAAUAAUAAUAUGUGAUUUUUGGAGUAGCAGAAUGACAAAGACAGCAGAUAUGCAUGUAAAUAAAUCACCAUAUUAUGCUGCCAUGGAGAAGUCCAAAUCUAUUUUCAAGUCUCAUGUGAUAUUGAAGGCCCUCUUAAAACAAACAUUGGACAAGUGUCAACUUAUCUUCCCUCUUUUGCAUAACAGUUUCAAUGGAAGUGCCAAAUCGGGACUUAUAAUAUGUUCUUUUCAUCAUAAUUAAUACUAAGGAAACGAAUAUCAUCCAUACUUGAUGAAAAUGCAGGAGACCUAGUGACUCUUGAAGUUAUCAGCAGUAAUGAAACACUCUUCAAGACAACCGCCUUCAUUUGAUGUUGGAGACAUAAAGAUAGUCCUACAAGAGCAGCCAUCACCUCAACUUGGAGCACAGACAUACACAUCUGAAUCUUCUUUUUGGAUAGCUAGAAUCGCUUCACCCUGAGAAUCUCAAAUGACAGCCCUAAAACCCACUACUCCCCGCUCUUCAUAAAAUUGAUGCAUCAGUAUUCAACUACAAACAACCAAAGGGAGGAGCUGACCACUUCACAUUUCCUUGAGGCCUCAUUGAAUUAGAAUUCCGGGGAUUUGAUUAGGCUGAUUGGUAAUCAAAUAGAAAUCGCAAAGCUCUAUUACUGCUACCCACUAGAUCGUCAUGCAAGCGCUCAAAAAGACAUCGAUUUCGCAUAUUCCAGUUAGCCCACAACAGAAUAGGGAACUUUUCCAGCAGCUCCUCAUCCUUCAGUUUCAUCACUUCAGAGAUCCAAGCUUUAUCGGAGUCCAAUUUGAGAGACCAACCAGAAAUGACUGCUACAAGGACAAUCCUUAAGAGCAUGAAUCGAUGAUUCUAAAGCAUCGCUACACCUGAAUCAACUGAUAUCAAGCAUCAUUCCCUUUCUCUCCAAGUUCGCAGCACUAUGAAGUAAAUCCCCAACCGCUCGCCACAUGAA